AUCAAAAACUUUUUGCAUCGUAAAAUGUUUAAAACCUUUUGUAAAAUACUGAUUAACAUGUAUACACUCACAUGACAUGCAUUUUUGCACCGCACUCUUCAACACAACUCUUCAGUUAUUUGUUGUUUACUUCAGUUUCACAGACGUGUGUCUAUCAUGUGAACAGGAAGGAUGUGGAAAAUGACGAACAACUCUGUGCAUUUAUAUAGAGUUCAGAUUGCAGGUCUGAGCUGUCAGCUCACAUCACAUCAAACUUGCUGGAAGAAUCGGAGCAAAGUGAACCGAGUUGUGGAAGAAAUGAAACUCGAACAGAAAAACUGGGAAAUCAGUGAUCUGGGGUUAUUCCAGGCUUUGGAGCGAGAAAGAGUCCUGGAGGUUCUUCAGAGAGACAAAGCACUUCGAACCAUUGAAGCGGACAGAAUCAGGAAGCUGAAGGUAGAACUUCAGGGUAUCUGUCGACAGAGUGCCAAGACCAUCACACAUCCCUAUGGUCAGAGAUCAUGUGCGCGCUGUCAGAGGCUUCUGGGAAAGUUCUGGGACUGUGGUUCGGUGUGCUGCGGGUGCAGUCAUCGCAUCUGUAAGCGCUGUCGGGUCGUCCGCUCUGCGCAGGAAUGGAAGUGCACCAUGUGUCAUGCAUACAGGGAAUUUAAGAUCAAAUCUGGUGAAUGGUUUGUAGAGCAGCAAGCAAAGAAAUUUCCGGAUGUCAGAGAAAACAGUCAUGAAACCAUCGGAGACAAACUGUUACAGUCUUAUCAACGUCUCAGCUUCAUCGCAGUCGUGCCUCCAACUCCUCCUCCUGUGUAUGAAGCCCCAUCAUAUAACAGACUGAUUCAUUUAACAGAACAGGACCUCAAAAAAUCAAAGCCAUUUACUAAAUCUGUGGAGAACCUGAUGGUGUCUGUCAGUGCUCACAUAAAAAAGUUCUCCAAAUCUCAGAAUGAUCUGAGUGUGGAAGCGGGUCAGCUGACCGUGGACCACGGACCCCUGCAGAACUCAAGACACAAGAGCCGAUCUGAGAGUGCCAUCAACAAAGCCAGUCUGUGCAAAGCACCAAGUCUUCCCAAUCUAUCCCAGAACAGCAGAGGCACAGAGCAGUAUGCUUCAACAAGUACAUUUUACCAGACAGAUGACGAAGCCUCCUAUACAUCUGCCUACAGCGAUGAGCAGAGGGACAGCACCAGUAGCGCAGGAAUGGAUUGUGGGGUCUCUGAAAACACUUGUGUGACUGGAGAAGUAGAGGUUGCUUUCGGUUACAACAACAGGACGUCCUGUUUGGAGAUAACUAUCAAAGCCUGCAAAAAUCUGAUGUUUGGAGAUAUGAAGAAGAAAUGUCAUCCGUAUGUAAAGGUCUGUUUGCUUCCAAAGAAAUACCACGAUUAUAAGAUGAAGACAGCAGUCAAGAGGGGAAAUAACCCGGUUUACAAUGAAACAUUUACUUGUGUGGUUGGUGCUGAUCAGCUGGGCAUCAGUGUAGUUCAGGUGUCAGUGUGGCACUGCAGAGGACUCAAGCGGAAGCUCUUCCUGGGCGAGACACUCGUCCAUCUGACUGAGCUGGGUCUGGAGAGCACAGACACUGUCUGCUACGCUCUCGGUCCGAAGCAGGCUCAUCCUCUAGGUGGCGAUGUCGAGCUGCUGCUUAAAGCUCAAUUCCAGUUUCUGCCACAGACUUCCCCUCAUCCAGCCGACCUUUUGAAUGGAGCAGCUGGACAGCUCAAAGUCGUCAUCACUGACGUGUCGAAGCUGCGCUUCCGGUCAAAAACAGCUUGCAUUGAAGGAAUCCUUUGCCUUCCUGGUGACCGAGAGCAGGUGCAGAGAAGUCCGAAGACUGGUGGUUCUGUCCGAAUGACCUUCAGCAGACUGACGCUUCAGGAGAUCCAGCAGGCCACGCUGCAGCUCAACCUGUGGGAGAAAAACCCCUUCGGCCUCGCUGACCGUUUAAUGAGAUCAGCACGGCUGGCUGGAGCAGAAUCCUCAUGGCAACGUCUGCAGCAGAUGCCAGGAGAGUGGCAUGACUUCGUUCUUCCAUUUCAUGUAAAUGUCAGCACAGGCAUGAGGUCAUAACUGAAGAACAUGGAUCCUUUCCAUCAACCCACAGAUCCUGACAAACCCAUGCCCAGAUUGUCUUCAAAGUGCCUCAUUAUUCCCAUUUCUUCAGACAUGAACUGUUUUCGGAGUUGUUGUUGUUUUAUACACAGUAUAUUUUUGUAUUUAUAUUCAUCUUUUCAUAACUUAUUUAAUAAACUAAAUCGUUCCACAAA